CGAAGGGGGGGUUGGCAGGAGCAGCAGGAGCAGCAGGAGCAGCAGGAGGCCAUGGCUGGACAAUGACUGACGUGGAAAGUGAAAGGAGUCAGUGAGCAACAAACUUCGGGGGAAGGAAAAAAAGUCUCGAAAGCCAAAAUCUGCCGUCUGUGAGUGUGAGCUGCUGCGGCUUCAGAGCACCAUGAGCCUGGACAAAGCCGAGCUGUGUGACUCCCUGCUAACCUGGUUACAGACAUUUCAGGUGCCAUCAUGCAACAGCAAGCAGGACCUAACAAGUGGAGUGGCCAUUGCACACGUCCUGCACAGAAUAGACCCUUCUUGGUUUAAUGAGACGUGGCUAGGCAGGAUCAAGGAGGAGAGCGGGGCCAACUGGCGCCUUAAGGUCAGCAACUUGAAAAAGAUCCUUAAAAGCAUGCUGGAAUAUUAUCAUGACGUGCUCGGUCACCAGGUGUCAGAUGAGCAUUUGCCAGAUGUGAACCUAAUAGGAGAGAUGGGUGAUGUCACCGAACUGGGCAAGCUGGUACAGCUCGUACUGGGCUGUGCCGUCAGCUGUGAGAAGAAACAAG